UUGAGCAGAUUUCAAGGAGGCGAUGUUGCAUUCAUAGCUGUUUGUGGAAUGCUGGUGUCGUUCAUGGUCCCUGGCGUUGCCUUCCUUUAUUCUGGCCUGUCACGGCGGAAAAGUGCAUUGACCCUCGUGUGGGCAUGUGCUGCAAGUAACGCUGUAGUGAUCUUCCAAUGGUGGUUUUGGGGGUAUUCACUCGCGUUCUCCCCGAGCGCCACAAAUGGCUUUAUCGGCGACUUGAGGAGUUUUGCACUGCGCAAAGUGCUGACGGACCCAAGUCCUGGAUCGCCACUCAUCCCAGAGCUAUUGUACAGCUUCUUCCAGAUGGAGUUCGCAUGCGUGACAGUGGCUAUCCUGAUGGGCGCUCUUGCUGAGCGAGGGCGUGUGCUGCCCGCUAUGAUAUUCGGCUUCGUCUGGAUGACGAUCGUCUACUGCCCUAUUGCGUACUGGAUAUGGGGGCAGAAUGGGUGGGCCUGCAAGUGGGGUGUUCUGGACUUUGCCGGUGGCGGACCCGUCGAGAUCGGAAGCGGUGUGUCCGGUCUGGCAUAUUCCUGGGUCCUCGGCCGACGGAGCGAACGAGAGUUGCUCAACUUCCGACCGCACAACGUCUCGAUGGUCUGCAUGGGUACGUUCAUGCUCUGGUUUGGCUGGCUAGGCUUCAACGGAGGAAGUGCCUUCGGAGCGAACCUCCGCGCUGUGCUCGCGAUAUGGAACUCGAUGAUCGCCGCUGCUAUGGGUGGGAUCGUCUGGUGUCUGCUCGAUUACCGUUUAGAGCGCAAGUUCACGAUGGUCGGAUUUUGCUCGGGGACCAUCGCGGGCCUGGUCGCGGCCACGCCGACCUGCGGAUACAUGCCGCAGUGGGCAUCUCUGGUGACGGGAAUCGUUGUCGGCAUUUGCUCCAAUUAUAGCACGAAGAUAAAGUUCUUCCUGCGCAUCGACGACGCAUUGGAUCUAUAUGCCGAACAUGCCGUAGGUGGGAUCGUCGGCUUGAUGUUGAACGCCCUCUUCGCGGAUAGGGAGCUCAUCGAGUUAGACGGGAUCACGACGGGGGUGAAUGGCGGGUGGCUCAACCGCAACUGGAAGCAACUUUACAUUCAGUUUGCAUAUGUAUGCGCUGUCGUGGGGUAUUCCUUUGUCGUGACAGCGUUCCUCGCCAAAGUCACAGACUUCAUUCCGAUGUUGAGUCUCCGGGCAUCUCCAGAUGACGAAGUCAUGGGUAUGGACGACGCACAGAUCGGAGAAUUUGCGACAGAUUACAUUGAGAUCCGUCGGGACUACACCGACUGGACUCCGUAUUUCAAGGAGGCAGAGCGCAUCGUCGCCGCUGGCGACCGUCAUGCCCUUCCGGAUACAUCUCCGUGGCCAUCUCAGGAUAGCGCAAGACGGAGUCGUAGCCGGAGUCAAAGUCGCGGCCGUGCGCUGAGCCCAGGGGGAUCUAUUGGCGCGCUGCCCACCAUCUCGGAGAAGAUGAACGGUUCUGCUGUUGUCAAAACAACUUCCCCCAUUUCCGGCAAUGGCAAUAUUGUUCCCGAAGUACGGAGCCCCAGUGAGAACGGGCACGCAAGAGCCGAUGGGCAGGUGACGGAAACACCGGCAGCAAGUAUCACAGAGAGAAGUGGCGGCCACGAGCAAUAGCCAUGACUGUCUCUCCUCUCCCAUCCUGCUCUCUCCCUCUCCAUAAACGUCUCCUUGGUAUUGCGGCUUGUCCUUGACUGUGCUGCAUAUCAUUCUAAACUUAAUGUGCGCACGAUACUUACGAUAGUGUUAAUUAACUGUGAUGAAAUGGAUGUGCUAACAUAGAUAAACGGCAUAUGUUGCGGGCUUUCCGUGACGGUAGCAAGUGCCGUCGCGCAGGAAAUGUAUUUUCUUCCUCCAGCUGUUCAUGAGACGCGCUUGAGUCUGUAUAUUGUACAGGUAGCUUCGUCUCUUGGCCAACAGCUAUAGACAGAGACCUCUGCCCUCGCGCAAUAGUCAUGUCAUCUGCAAUGAAAGAACGCUACAGUGAACUCUCUGCAUCGGAAGAAUCAUGCACACCAUGAAUCGCGACAUACUGAUGUUUUGAGAAAGCGCAGACUUCCACUUCGUUCUCCCUCAAC